AUGCAUCUAUUAAUGAAGGGCACCUAUCUCAAUACAUGUUACAAAUGCCAUUUCGGGGACAACUACACAGACCGUGCAGGUGCAGGGUCUACUAAGGGACUUCACUCUGGCCCUUGGACACUCAACCAAACACACAAAGCUGACCGACUUCUGGUCUCCACCCUUCGAGAACAGCAAAAUGGCACAGAUUGGCUGUUAAGAUCGAUUUGCGGGUUUGAAGGUUUACCCCAAGGCCUCAGGCAUCACAAGAGAAUGCAUCAAGUUGGUCAUAUGGCCCAAAUGGUCUACGAUGAUCAUUUAAUUUGGUUUUAA